AUGACGGUCCAUCAUCAUCAGAACCACCACGUGGCUGCUCUGAGCGGCGUCACCGUGGCCAAUAACGGUGGUCUGAAUCUGAGCAGGAUGUCCGGCCUCGAGGCGCACAGGCUGGAGAACAUCGUCGAGAGGAACGGGGUCAGCGUGGAACGUUUGUCGAACGGUCUCGACGGCAGGAACAACAAUCACGGGAAUAACAAUGGUUUGGAGCGGGGCGACGCCGCGACCACGAUGCCGCAGAGAUCGCGAUUCAUGAUCACCGAUAUACUUAGCGGGGCGUCGAGCAAGAUGAACCAUCAGGCAGCCGGUAUGCAGACGCAGGAACCACCCGGGAGCCCGCCGUCGACGCCCAGGGAUCUGAGCGUCAGGCAUCAGUCCAGGACAUCCUUGAACAACAGCAACCUCGACGAGGAUAGCGACGCGAGUCAUCACGACGGCGCUUCCGUUACUUCUAAUGGCGGCAAAGAGGACGACCCGAAGAGCUCCUCGUCCAGCACGCUGAGCUCCGCGCAGAGCAAGAAACAACGCAAGGCCAGGACCGCGUUCACGGAUCAUCAGCUGCAAACGUUGGAGAAGAGUUUCGAGCGACAGAAGUAUCUGAGCGUGCAGGACAGGAUGGAAUUGGCGUCGAAGCUGCAGCUGACCGACACCCAAGUCAAGACGUGGUACCAGAACAGAAGAACGAAAUGGAAGAGACAGACGAUCGUUGGGUUUGAGAUGAUGGCCGAGAACAAUUUCGCGGUGGCGGCGUUCCAGCAGCUGUACGGAAGCGCCGCGGCCGCGGUACCAGCGCAUCCUGCCGCGGGACGAUACUGGCCGUACCCGAGUGCCCACGCGUUACCAACCAACGGACUGUUCUAUCAGCAAACAUCGGCGGCGGUUACACUACAGAAACCUUUGCCGUACCGUCUCUAUCCACCGACGAUGAUACUUGCACCGGGACCCAGCAAUCCGCUGGGCUCUUUGACGGCUAGCUCAAGUUUGUCGAAUCUGAGCAAUUAUUACAGAGACAGUCCGGAGAUGGGCGACGGACGGGAGAGGGAGACGAUGGAACGUUCCUCGAGGCAAAGGGACCGAAGCAAAAGUCCAGCGUUGCGGGACAGAUCGCCGUUGCGAAAGGACGAAAGACUGUACGCGCCCACGAUGGUUCAAGCGGGUUCGAGCAACAAUCUAGGCACUCUCACAGCUAGCUCCAGUUUAUCGAACUUGAGCAACUAUUACAGAGACAGCCCGGAAGUGGCGGACGGCCGGGAACGAGAGAACAGAGCAGCCACGAGACAAAGGGACCGAAGCAAGAGUCCCGUUUUAAGGGAUAGAUCCCCUCCAAUGCGCAAGGACGAUAGACUCUAUCCACCCACGAUGCUCCAACCGGGACCCAGUAACACCAUAGGAUCGCUCGCGUCGAAUCUGAGCAACUAUUACCGAGACUGCUCGGAUAUAAUCGACGGAAGGGAGAGGGAGACUAUCAGCAAGGUCAGACAGAGGGACAGGAGCAACAGUCGCGAUGGAUCGCCGUUGCGGAGGGAGGACAGCCCUCAGAGUAUAAGAGCGGACAGCGACGAGGAAAGUAUACACGAUAUCUAGGACAGAGAUGUCCAGGGAUCUGUAGAGCGCUGUAACGUCGUGGUCGACGACGUUUCAAUUUCGACUCGGGAGUUCGAAUAAUGUGUCCGAGACAGUAGAACG